AUGGCUGCGACUGUUCCUGUAAUUACUCGUUCUGAUCAAACUUGGGAUUUUAGUUGUAAUUUGGAUGUGAAUUUCGAAUCAGAAGAACAUGCUUUGAUUGCUUACACAGCAUUGGCAGUUGAUAAAGAGUUGCAGCCUGAUAAGGUGAAAAGAGUUAUGUCAGUAUCAAAUAACAAGCUUUCUGUACACUUUGAAGCAAUAGAGGCAAGGCUUCUUCGAGCAUCGUUCUCUGCGUUUGUAGAUUCUUUUGAACAAAUGGAUCCAAACUCUCUUCCUCAACUCACUUCUCCGAAAAUCGAAAACCCUUAUGAUCCAGAUUCGUUGUUAUACGAAAUGCUCGAAAAGUUGCCUCCGUUAGAGUCUCUGCUAGAUACAAAUGACUUUAAACCAAAUUCGGGGUUGGACUUUGAGUUUCAGUUCGAUGGUUUUGAAGAUUUCUUCGGAAACAUGGACGUGAACAAUAACAUUUCAUCUGAUGUUCUCAUGGUAACUCAAGAACCCUAUUUCUCAAGUGGAUCAGCUUCACCAUUGCCUAUCCAAAACAACGAAUGUUUGAGUUCCAACGUGAGACGUGAAAAGAGAACACCUAAGAAGAAGAGGAACGUCAAGAAGACAAAGAGACAGGACAAACUGGAGUUGUCUGAGAUUAGAAAGUUCUUCGAUAGACCAAUCAUGAAAGCCGCUAAAGAAUUGAACGUUGGACUUACCGUGUUGAAGAAGCGUUGCAGAGAACUUGGAAUUUACCGGUGGCCUCACCGGAAGCUCAAGAGUCUCAACUCUCUCAUUAAGAAUCUCAAGGGUGUUGGAAUGGAAGAAGAAGUGAAGAAUUUKGAGGAGCAUAGGGUUCUUAUAGAGCAAGAACCUGAUGCUGAGCUCACUGAUGGAACCAAGAAGCUAAGGCAGGCUUGUUUCAAGGCCAAUUACAAGAGACGAAAAUCACUUGGCGCCAUUGAUGGUUAUUAUUGA